AUGACGCCUUCUGACCGUGUGAGAGCCAAGAAGGCCAACUACCUGAUUCAGACCGGCGUGCUCACCCAUCGCGGUUUCAAGCACCUGUUCCGCAACUACGCCUAUCUCGUUUCGCAACUGCUCGAGACCGUACUCAUGGCCAUCGCCAUGGGGCUCAUCUUCCUGCAAGUGGGCGACGGCAGCAAGGAAGACAUCCAGGGCCGGCUCGGCGCCAUCUUCGGCGUUGUGGGCCUGCAGCCCUACGUCGUCAUGCUCACCACCAUGCUACACUACGAGGAGGAGCUGAAGGUGUUCAGCCGAGAGCAGCACGACAACAUGGUGUCGGUGUUGCCCUACUUUCUGUCGAUGCUGGCCACGUCGUUCCCCUUUGCGGUGAUCAUGCCCAUCAUCUUCUCGAGCAUCUACUACUGGAUGACCGGGUUGCGGCCCGAGUGGGACGCCUUCCUGUGGUUCACCCUCUGCGUCUUCCUUGCGCAGUACGUGGCUGAAUCGCUGGGAUUCCUGUUCAUCGCACUCACGCGGACGUUUGCGACCGCUUCGCUCGCGGCCAACUCCUUCGUGUCCUUCUGGAAUCUUUGUACGGGCUACCUCAUCAACCCCGACACGUUCAUCAUCUACCUGGAGAUCAUUGGCUACACUUCCUAUCUACAAUACACCUACGCGGCGAUGGCCGUGAACGAGCUCAAGGACAACAUGUACGAUUGUCCGUCGAGCGUGCCGGAGGAGUGCCUGGGCUACGACGGCAACGUGAUCCUCAAGCAGCAGCACCUGGUGUUCACCGAGAUGGGACCCUGCCUGGGCGUGUUGGCGGGCAUGGCCGUGGGCUUCCGGCUCAUCUCCCUCCUCCUGCUCUACAUCAUCAAGAAAAGCCCCGCCUAG